AAAAGAAGACUGGUCAGGCUCCUCAGGCAGGCAGAUGCCUUCCAGUCACUUGUCUGGGAACCAAACUCCACGAGCACGUUUGACGGUCACCAAGGUAACGCCAAGCUGCAGCAGCGUCGCAGGGCUGGUCUGUAGUUGACGUUAGUAAAGUUUGUUUGCGACAUGUGAAGCAGACAGUUGUCGCUGAGCUGGUUGAAUAUUAAUAUUCACGUGUGGUUGUUGAGAGAGGGAGAAAAAAUGGUCCACGACGAUUUACGAGUGGAGUGGCUGCGACAGCGAGUGUCCGCCGGCUUCAACUUGUCAAAAUGUCCCGAGUGCUUCGACGAGCUGCUGAGCCGAGGAGACGGAGAGGAAGAGCAGAAAAUCAUCCGCUACCUGAACGUGGUCUCCGAGGAAGACUCGCCGUCAUGUCUCCUGUUCUUCAAAACUAUUCGAGAGGAGGAAGUUGAAGUUGCAGCGGAGAGGAGGAAAGACGCAGACCCUUCACUUCACGAGACAGAUGAGGAGAGUCCCAGCCAUAGGACUGAGGUUCAAGUGGUUUAUCACAUUGAGCUUCAUGUAGCAGUCAACAGUUACUUAGAGAGAUUUUUGAAAUCCAAUGUCUUCUACUUCAUCAGGAACAUAAAGGAGACCAUUGUUGAACCACUGGACAUGACUGAAGCCAAUAUCCUGAUGCCCAGGCUGUUUCACAUCGGCAUGCACAGUGGACAGCCUCUUCUUGUGCUGCGAAACAAACUUGCAAAUGUGUACAUAUCUUUGCUUACUGUGCAGCGGAUGGAGGUAACUGGUGGGGGUUAUCAAAGUGAGGAUGUUUCUUCUCACAAGGAGAGCAGUGGAGAGGGAGAAGAGGAGAAUUUAGCAAAGUCAAGUGAGCAAGUCAUGAUUCGUGACGAGUUGCUCAACAUUACACACAAGUUUUUCGGACUGAUCAACACAACUCUCCAACACCUUCAGAUUCAAGAUGAGGUCACACUGGACAUGCCGGAGCUUGACCUACAGCCAGAGGUGGAUGUGCUUCUUUCUAAUCCAGAAGUGGUGGAGAAGUUGGAGCAGUGUGUGAUGAACUGGCAAACUCAGAUUACCAUUGUUAUUGAGGAGCAGCAAAACAAAAAGCUACAGGCACCUGGCCCUAUGGCUGAGAUAGCUUUUUGGCAGGAGCGYGCCUCCAUCCUGAGCGCUCUGAGUCAGCAGCUCAAACAGCCCAUGGUACAGAAAAUCCUGGAGGUGAUAACCAAAGCAGAUGCAAGCAUCGUUCAGACCCUGGAAGGAACAGUUGCUGAACUUAAUAAAUACCGUGUUGAGUCAGACGAUAAUUUACGUUUCCUCAGCACGCUGGAAAGACAUUUCAUGAAUCUGGCCUCUGGAGCAAAUUUUGUUUGUCUCCUGGAAACAAUCCCUCCUCUGAUGGACAGCCUGCAAAUUGUUUGGAUAAUCUCUUCCCACUAUAACACAAAUGAACGUAUGGUCCCUCUGAUGGAACGCAUUGCCUGGCAGCUUUGUGAACGUGUGUCUCAAGUAAUUGAUGUCAACACAUUAUUCAGAGAUAAGAGGGAGGUGGCCAAAUCCAAGGUGCAUGAUGCUAAACAGGUUCUGGACCGAUGGAAGUCGACCUACUUUGAGGUGCGCGCUGAAAUUGAAGAAUCUGGAAGAGAUCCACGCUGGGAGUUUGACCRCAAGAGAAUGUUUGAGAGGACUGAUUACAUGGCUUCCAUAUGCCAGGACCUGUACAAUGUUCUGCAGGUUUUAGAGGAGUUCUAUAACAUCUUUGGUCCAGAGCUGAAAAGUGUGACCGGUGAACACAAACGCAUCGAUGAAGUGCUGUGCAGAGUGGAAGGUCUAGUUGUGCCUAUUGAGGGGGUCAAUUUUAAUCCUUUCAACAUGUGUAAGAAGAGCAGCUGGAAAAUGAUCAUGAAAGACUUUGACACUACAGCUCAGGCUAUCGAGGGAGAGGCCAUCAACUUCAUUGAUCAGUCUUUUAAGACACUUCGCUCUUCUGCUGCUGCUUUUGACAUGCUCCUGAAAUUCAAACACAUCCGCUCCAGAGAGGCCAUCAGCAAACAUUUGAUGAGAAAGUUCAAUGAUAUACUUGCUCAGUAUUGCAAAGAGGUGGACAGCAUACAUGAAAUCUUUAAGGCAAACAAGGAUAAACCACCGCUAAAUAAGGAUGAGCCUCCUGUGGCAGGAUCCAUCAGCUGGGUCCGAUCUCUUUUGUUCCGCAUCAAACACACCAUCCUUACCUUCCUGGAGGUGCCAGAGAUAAUGGAGAGUAAUCAGAGCAAAGUGGCCAAGGACAAGUAUGUGCAAGUGGCAAUACAGUUCAGGGACUAUGAGCUGAAGAAGCAUGAGCACUGGCUGGUGGAGACGGAACACAAAUURCCAUUGCUAAUGAAAAAAUCCCUGUUGGUCAUGAUUACCACUCAAAACCAAAUCCCAGCAAAAUUGGCUGUGUCUAAGGAUGUCCCUCACGAGGAAGGAAGCCUACAGAGGGUUGUGCGAUACCUUGUGAACUUUGCUCCAGAGAUAGGGGAAAUCAUUUCUGAAACAAAACACCUGGAGUUACUGGGCUGCUCUUUGCCUCCUCUAGCUCAAAAUGUUACUUUACAGAGGCACAAAUUCUUCAGGUAUGUUGAUGAUCUGAAAAGAAUUGUUAAGUGCUACCACUCUGUGAUGGACAGCCUGAGUGAGGCACAGUUCACCAUGCUGCCUAAACAGAUCACAGAGGUCAAACAAGUGAUGGAUUUUGGGUUCAAAAGACUCAACUGGAGUUCCUUGGGUAUUUCUGAAUUCAUCAAACAAGCUCUCCAGGCUGUCACAAAAUUUGAGUCUGUCAUCAAUCAGAUUCAGAACAAUGAGAGAGACAUUGAUUCCAAGCUGCAGUCUAUGGUGAUGGCCAACCUAUUGAAAUGUCCAGUCCCAGAUAAAUCUAAUAAUUUGCCAGGCAUCAAGGAGUUCUGUGAACAUAUUGAGCAAGAGCGGCUAAAAACUGUGCAUUUGCUGAGUACGAAGUAUGCUGACAUUGGAGCCCUCAUCACUAAAACAGAACACUUGAUCAUGGAAAGCAGCAGUGGCAAAGCCACAUGUAUGGUAGAUUAUUACAAACACUGGGAAGGCAAAGUGUUUGACUCCCUUAUAAAGAUGGUGAUGAGGAGCAUUCAGGCAUUCAACAUGGCACUGAUGGGAAGUACCACCCUGUUCCAAAUUGAUGCCAUCCUGUCUUCCCCAAAGAUUGUGUUGCAGCCCCAAAGCAAUGAGAUCUACUGGCUAAUCAUGMAGUGCAUCAGAGACUGUGUGGAGAGCACCAAGCAAUUUAUGCGUUGGAUGCGAGGGACCUGCAUUGAGUGUCCUCCACAACGUGUGGGAGCCGAAGAUGAGCUGGUGACAUUUAGCUUCUACAGCGAUGUGUGUCAGCAUCCUCAGAUAAAUGAAAGUGCCAUGACAGUCUCCCAAAAUGUCCAACGGCUGCUCGUCUCUGUGGAUCAGUACCUGAGCCACUGGAAACGCUAUCGGCCUCUUUGGGAAAAGAACAAAAUCAUGGUCAAUGAAACAUUUGCAGGAAAAAAAACCUCCRUGGUCAUGUAUGAUGAUAAGCUGCAGUUCCUUUCUCGUAUCAGUCAGGAGGUUAGGUUGGAACCACUUUUUGAGACKGACCACGUCAUCCAUCUAAACCUGGAGCCUCUGGUUCACACUGUGCAGACGACUGUUGAGUCCAGGAUCAGUUCACUUGGGAGCCAGCUCAACAAGACUGCCAAAGAGGAUCUCUUCAACUUGMGAGAUGAACUCAUGCAACUCUCUGCAAAGCUGAAACAAAGUCCUGACACUUUUGAAGACCUGAAGUCUGYCCUUGCUACAAUCUCAGACAUCAGGGACAUGUCUUUGGAGGUGGAACUGAGAUUCAUGGAUAUCAAGGAAAGAUACAGAACACUGGCAAUGUACAAAGUGGAGGUUGGAGACGAUGAACUGGAGCUGGAGGCCGAUAUUGACCAGAUGUGGAGGGAACUUUUUAAAGAAUCCAGACAAGUGGAUAGAAGUUUGACAGAUGUCAAGAAAUCAUUUAGUCAGAUUACAAAGGAGAAGAUUGAAGAAUUUACACAGGACUUGUCUAUCUUUGCUGAGAGCUUCAAUAUGCAUGGUCCUCAAGCUGUGGGAGUUGAUUUGGAGAAAGGAUUGAGCAUUAUGGGAACAUAUGAGGCAGAGCUUGCCAAGAUAUUGGGUGGACACCAGGAGCUAACAAAUGCUCAGAAGCUGUUGGACCUACCAGUCUCUUUGUACCCAGAGCUUAUCACCAUGCAGAAGGAUAUGAAAGGCUUGAGACAAAUAUAUGAUGUGUAUAAAGCUCAGAAGGAUGCAAAGACAGAGUGGUCUCAGACCUUGUGGGUGGAUCUAAAUAUCCAGCUGCUCCAGGAGGGUGUUCAGGGUUUCAUCAAAAACCUGAUGCAGCUGCCCAAAGAUGUGAGGGCGUUACCUGUGGCCUCUUUCCUCGAAGGACACAUGAAGGAGUUCAGAGAGUCUCUGCCUCUUCUGCUGGAUUUGAAGAAUGAGGCCCUCAGAGACAGACACUGGAAGGAACUGAUGGAAAAGACCGGCACCAGCUUUGAGAUGAACCCUGGCACUUUCACUUUGAAUAACAUGUUUGCUAUGGAGUUGCAUAAACAUGUAAAUGUCAUAAGUGACAUUGUCACCUCUGCUGUAAAAGAGCUCAGUAUUGAGAAGGGAGUGAAGGAGGUGGUGGAGACCUGGGAAAGCAUGAAGUUCAGUGUUCUGCCCUAUUUCAAAGGGACUGAGGAACGUGGGUCUAUUCUGGGUGCAGUGGACGAGAUCCUGCUGAGCGUGGAAAACGAUGCCAUGAACUUACAGAGCAUGGCAGGCAGCCGAUUUGUUGGACACUUCCUUGGCACCAUACAACAAUGGGAAAAAGACCUGUCCCUCAUUAGUGAGACCAUAGAGGUAUUGUUGUUGGUACAACGAAAAUGGAUGUACCUGGAGAGCAUAUUCAUUGGAGGAGACAUUUGCUCGCAGUUACCCGAAGAAGCCAAGAAAUUUGACAACAUUGACAAAAAGUUUAAAGAAAUAAUGAGUGACACAGUGAAGAGCCCAAACAUUAAACGGUGUUGCCUGGUUCCCAACCGGCUAACAGACCUGCAGGCCCUGAGUGACGGUCUGGAGAGGUGCCAGAAGAGUCUCAGUGACUACCUGGACUCGAAGCGGAACGUGUUUCCUCGCUUCUUCUUCAUCUCUGAUGAUGAACUGCUCAGCAUUCUGGGGAGUAAUGACCCUGCUUGUGUCCAGGAGCACAUGAUCAAGAUGUAUGACAACAUAGCAUCCCUGAGGUUUGACGUGGACAGCAAUGGUGAGACAGUGGCUGGAGCCAUGGUGUCUGCUGAGGGGGAAGUGAUGGAGCUAAGGAAACCCGUCCCAGUGGAGGGAAGAGUGGAGGAAUGGAUGACAGGAGUACUACUGGAGAUGAGAAGGACCAACAGACAGAUUACAAAAGAAGCAAUCUUCUCGUACUGUGAAGACAAGAGCAGGGUGGAUUGGAUGCUGCAGUACCAGGGCAUGAUGGUGCUGGCUGCCAAUCAAGUGUGGUGGACCUGGGAGGUAGAGGACGUCUUUAACAAUGUCAAGAAAGGAGAGAAGCGUGCACUGAAGAGCUAUGCAAAGAAAAUGCACCAGCAGAUAGACGAGCUGGUAACACGCAUCACACAACCUAUGAAGAAAAACGACAGACGGAAGAUCAACACUGUGCUCAUCAUCAAUGUACAUGCAAGAGACAUUGUGGACAGCUUUGUUCUAAACAGUAUAAUGGAUGCAAGAGAGUUUGAGUGGGAAAGCCAGCUGAGAUUCUACUGGGUGCAGGAACAAGACGACCUGUUUGUGCGUCAGUGCAGUGCUUCUUUCUUAUACGGGUACGAAUACAUGGGACUGAAUGGUCGAUUGGUUAUAACCCCGCUGACAGACAGGAUCUACCUCACCCUCACCCAGGCCCUCUCCAUGUAUCUGGGUGGAGCUCCUGCAGGACCAGCUGGUACAGGAAAGACAGAGUCCACCAAAGAUCUGGCCAAGGCUUUAGGUCUGCUCUGUGUGGUUACAAACUGUGGUGAGGGCAUGGACUACAUGGCUGUGGGUAAGAUCUUGUCUGGUCUUGCCCAGUGUGGAGCCUGGGGCUGCUUCGAUGAGUUCAAUCGUAUUGAUGCCUCAGUGUUGUCAGUCAUUUCCUCCCAAAUCCAGACCAUCCGCAAUGCUCUCAUUCUGCACCUUAAAAAAUUUCAUUUUGAAGGGCAGGAGAUCAGCCUGGACGGCCGCAUGGGGAUUUUCAUCACCAUGAACCCAGGUUAUGCAGGACGCACAGAGCUGCCAGAAUCAGUGAAAGCCCUCUUCAGGCCUGUGGUGGUCAUUGUGCCUGACCUGCAGCAGAUCUGUGAGAUCAUGCUCUUCUCUGAGGGCUUCCUUAUGGCCAAGGUGCUGGCAAAGAAGAUGACAGUACUGUAUAAACUGGCUCGUGAACAGCUUUCUAAGCAGUCUCAUUAUGACUUUGGUCUUCGAGCUCUGAAGUCUGUCCUAGUGAUGGCAGGAGAGAUGAAGAGAGGCUCGCCAGACCUCAAUGAGGAUGUGGUGUUGAUGCGUGCUCUCCGGGACAUGAACCUUCCGAAGUUUGUGUUUGAGGACGUGCCACUUUUUCWCGGGCUGAUCUCAGACCUGUUCCCUCAGCUGGACUGCCCUCGUGUUCGCUAUGCCAACUUCAAUGACGCUGUGGAACACAUCCUGCAUGAAAACACAUACGUCAUAUUGCCUCACCAGGUGGAUAAAGUGGUGCAGAUCUAUGAGACAAUGAUGACCAGACACACUACAAUGGUUGUGGGACCAACAGGUGGAGGCAAAUCAGUUGUCAUCAACACAUUAUGUCAAGCUCAGACCAAACUGGGAUUACAAACCAAGAUGUAUCCACUGAACCCUAAAGCCAUGAGUGUCAUUGAACUUUACGGUGUUCUGGAUCCUGACACUCGAGACUGGACUGAUGGGAUCUUAUCUAACAUCUUUCGUGACAUCAACAAGCCCACUGACAGAGAAGAGCGAAGGUACAUCCUGUUUGACGGUGAUGUUGAUGCUCUGUGGGUCGAGAAUAUGAACUCAGUGAUGGAUGACAACAAGCUCCUCACGCUGGCCAAUGGAGAACGGAUCCGUUUACAGAAUCAUUGUGCUCUGCUAUUCGAGGUGGGAGAUUUGCAGUACGCUUCCCCUGCUACUGUUUCCCGCUGUGGGAUGGUUUUUGUUGACCCCAAAAACCUGCGAUACACCCCAUACUGGCAGAGAUGGCUGAACAACAGACCUGAAAGGGAACAAGAAGUUCUGAAUAAACUGUUUGAGAAAUAUGUGCACAGCUGUAUUGACAUGAUCGUGGAUGGCAUUGUUGAUGGGAAACAAGGCCAGAAACUGAAAACUGUUGUCCCACAAACAGAUCUAAACAUGGUGACUCAGCUGUGCUUGACACUGGAUGCACUGCUUGAGAGUGGAAGCAGCAGUGGUGAAGUCCUGGAGUGUUACUUCCUGGAAGCUCUGUACUGCUCACUAGGGGCCACGUUGCUGGAGAGUGGCAGGAUCAAGUUUGAUGAGUUAAUCAAGAGCGUUUCCUGCUUAACUGUCGUACACGAUGAGAAAACCCUGGCAGGACCUGGAGAGAUCCCAGGAUACCUACCGACUCUGUAUGAUUUCCAUUUUGAUGGCACACAGGAGAAGUGGGUUCCCUGGAGUUCCCUGGUCGCCAAAUACAUUCACAACCAUGACAUGAAAUAUUCUGAUAUACUAGUGCCAACUGUCGACACCACGAGAGCCAGCUGGAUCCUGGAACAGAUGGUGAAAAUAAAAAGGCCAGUGCUCCUGGUUGGCGAGUCUGGCACUUCUAAGACUGCCACCAUUCAUAACUUCCUCAAGAACCUCAAUUCAGACACAAGGAAUAUUCUGAUGAUCAACUUCUCAUCCAGAACGACUUCAAUGGACGUGCAGAGGAACCUGGAGGCCAAUGUGGAGAAAAGGACCAAAGAGACCUACGGGCCUCCUAUGGGAAAGAGACUGCUGAUCUUUAUGGAUGAUAUGAAUAUGCCAAAGGUGGAUAAUUAUAACACACAGCAGCCAAUUGCACUUCUGAAGCUGUUAUUGGAUCGAGGAGGCAUGUAUGACCGAGGGAAGGAGCUGAACUACAAAAUCCUCAAAGACCUCGGCUUCAUUGCUGCCAUGGGAAAAGCAGGAGGUGGGAGGAACGAGGUGGAUCCUCGCUUCAUCUCGCUCUUCAGUGUCUUCAGCAUCCCCUUCCCUACAGUGGAGUCACUCCACCUYAUAUAUGCAUCCAUUAUCAAAGGCCACACCAGACCGUUUGAGGAGGCGAUACAGAAGGUGUGUGAUGAAAUCACGAUCUGCACACUGGAACUGUACAACAGCAUCAUCAAAGAUUUGCCGCCCACUCCGUCCAAGUUCCACUACAUCUUCAACCUGAGGGACCUGUCACGAGUCUACAAUGGACUAACGCUCACCAAACCAGACAGGUACAAGGCCACAUAA